UAUACACAACAAUCUCUCUCAUACCAUUUUUUCUUCCCAUCAUCACUAAUCACGACCUCCCCAAAAAAAAGAAAGAUAUCAUUUAGAGAGAGAGAAAGGUACACUAGUGGCAAACUCGUAAAUAAAGAAUGUCAAAAGAUUGCGGUAACCACGGUGGUGGCAAAGAAGCAGCCGUCCGGCGACUCUGCGGCGCCAUAAUCGCCUUCAUCAUAAUAGUUCUAAUCACCAUCUUCCUAGUUUGGGUCAUACUCAGGCCCACUAAGCCAAGAUUCGUCCUCCAAGACGCCACCGUCUUCGCCUUCAACCUCUCGCAACCAAACCUCCUCACUUCAAACUUCCAAAUCACAAUCGCAUCUCGUAACCCUAACUCCAAGAUCGGAAUCUACUACGACCGUCUUCACGUCUACGCUACGUACCGGAACCAACAGAUCACUCUACGUACGGCGAUUCCUCCGACUUAUCAAGGCCACAAAGAAGACAACGUUUGGUCACCUUUCGUAUACGGAACCGCCGUUCCGAUCGCACCGUAUAACUCCGUCGCUUUGGGAGAUGAGCAAGGUCGUGGAUUCGUAGGGUUGAUGAUACGCGCCGAUGGGCGCGUGAGAUGGAAAGUAGGGACGUUGAUCACCGGAAAAUAUCAUAUCCAUGUUCGGUGUCCGGCUUACAUCAAUCUUGGAAACAAAGCUGCUGGUGUUCUUGUCGGUGAUAACGCCGUUAAGUAUACGUUGGUUACUAAAUGCAGUGUGAACGUUUAGAAAGUUUGACGGCGUUAAGUUGCUUUUUUUUUUACCAUCUAUAUAAUCAAUCAUUUUCUUGAACUUACCAAACUUCUUACCUUUAAGAUUUCACUACUUUUGGUUGUUAUUAUAAAAGCUUAUUGUUGAUUAUAGAAUUAUUACAAUCACGACGGUCUGUGGUUGGAUUUAAUUGUAAAUCCAAUAAAGUUGAAAUAAAAUGGCGGAUUGGGUA